AUGGAUCUUUCAUACAGUCUUGUAGAAGUGGAGAAAUUGCAUCAGCUAGCAACUGAGGCUGGAUUUGAACUCAACUUCCUAUCCCAUUUUGGAGCAAAGAUUCUGCCUUGCAACAAUAUUGAAGAACUAGAGUUCUGGAUUGGGCUGGCUCAGCGAAAACUCUCGGCAGCAUUUUGCAGAGAAAUGGUGGUUAAAGGCAUAAAAAACUCCAAUGAAAAGGUUCAGGCAGGGAGUUUGGCUACUCUUGGAUUUUUUGCGUUUCUGGGAAGAAAUACUAGAUUAUUCUUGUCAAGAAUGAAUGUUAAGGAUCUGGAUGAGCAGCAUCCAAUUCAAGCAGAGAAAGAGAUUAUCCUAUCCACAGUAUUUACUGUUGGUUAUGAUGUUUUCUCUGGCUUUGCUCACUUCGGCCAUUCAACUCAACAGCCUUUAGAUGCAAAAUCACUAGAAUUCUUGCUGCAAAGCCAGAGUUUGUUAACUGUUUGCCUUGAAGACUACCUGGCAGUUUAUGCUAGAACUAGUGAAUUCCGGAAGAUUGCAGAAGCAGGUGCCUCUGAUCACUCCCUGUCCGUAGGAAUAAAGGGCACAGAAAAUUUUUGUGUGGCAUUGGAAGCACAACAGAAGCCAGUGCUACAGGGAUGCAUAAAAGUUAAAAAUCAACGAGGAAUUAAGCCGGGAAAGGCUGGCAACUCUGCUGCAACAGAAGUAAUAACCUUUGCAGGGGCCCCCAGCAUCUCCAACAAAUCAAGUCCUCUGCAUGAGAGUUUACUUCGGAGAUACGGUGUCAAAUUGGCAUCUAAAAGCUCUGAUGUAUGGAUGGGAACCCAAUUGCUCUUUGUAGACAUCAUGGAUGGUUUGGAACUACUAUUAAAUCAAUUACGCGGCCAUAGAUUGUCAAGGAGGGAAAGAAGGAAGUUGAAGAGAACACUGACCGACAUUGCUACGCUUAUCCCAAUUGCAAUUUUAAUGCUAUUUCCUGCAGGACUCUAUCCUAUCUAUUUGCAAAUUCUGUCUUAACUCGUGAUGUUUGACAACUGACUAAAUGCAGCAGCUAGUUAUUCAUGUAUCUACAUAAGUUCCACGCCUCUGCAGUAUAUGCUUUUCUGUAUCA